GUUCUCUCUUCCCCACUCGCCAGGAAACCACUUGCAGCUCCGCUCGCGUCGCGGCGCGACCGCGCGACCGCCACAUCCGCCCGUCGCGGGACCGACGGCCGCCGGAUCCUGGAGCCUUGCGGCAACAAUCUCCAGCGGUUGGAGGGGCACCGAAGGGAGGGUUGGCGACGGCGGUCGAGUACUGAGCGCCUGACUUCCCAUCGAUUGCUCAUCCCGGCAAUCCACGGUGUACAAGGGUAAAGUGGUGCACCUGGACCAUUCCGGCUCUAGCUUUGCCCUUGCAUUGAGAUCGAAAGCUCAAGAUCCUAUCCAUGCAAUGCGAAGCUGAGAACAAUCAUGUCCUUGUGGUGGUGAGAGCGCAGAUGAUGCACCCGGAACCAACAAUGAAGCGUGCAGGUGGCCCAACCAAUGCCGUGGACCGGCUCAGUGCCCUGCCGGAUGAGCUCCUCCAUGUCAUCCUGUCCUUCCUCCCGGCACCGCUGGUUGUUCAGACGAGCUUGCUGUCACGGCGGUGGAGGCGCCUCUGGCGGUCCACCCCUCUCAUCAAAAUCCACGAACAAGAAUUUGUGAUCUCUUCAAAGAUCAGGACCAACACCCUGGAGGAGAGGUGGGCAAAGUUUGAGGACUUCGCCACCAACCUUCUGCUGUUCCAUGAUAAUACCUCAGCCUUGGGUGAAUUCCGCUUGUGUUGUCGAGUACAUAAUUGGCGUCAUGUGGAUCGAUGGAUUCGCCGUGGCAUUGAGUACUGUCCUUCUGUGCUCCAGAUUAGACUAGUAGGCUAUGUUCUUGGGUUCAAGCUUCCUCCCAUGGUGGAAUCAAAUUUCUGUUGUCUUAAAAGGCUGCACCUUGAGCAUAUUAUUUUGAAUAGCCAUUUCACUGGCUCUCUCUGUUCUGCAUGCCCUGUCUUGGAAGAUAUGAAUCUCGAUUGCUGUGAGUUUUGUGACAACUGUCCUCAAGGCAUUAUAUCACCCAAGCUGAAUAAGUUAGUAAUGGACCUUUGUUUGAAUAAUACACUUUAUCCUUUGGUGAUCACGGCUCCUAGCCUUACCUAUCUCUAUAUCUCAUUUCAAUACUUUCGAGUGGGUAUUUUGUUAUGCAAAAUGGAUUCCCUUGUCAAAGCAGAGAUUUCUGUCUCAGAAACUGAAAUAUCUGAGGAGACCCAGCGCAAUCUGCUUGGUAGCCUGUGCAAUGUCACAAGUUUAGAGUUGACUGGUUUUGAAGCAGAGGUGAUGCUGAAUGAUAAUUCUAAAGAAUUUCCAGUAUUUCAUAAUCUGCAAACCUUGGUCCUUCGUUCCUGUUUUCUUAAUGAAUAUGAACUGACCGACAAAUUGGAGGCUUUAGGGAGCUUUCUUCAGAAUGCACCUUGUUUGGAGAAGUUUAGUUUGCAGUACUGCAUGUUCUACUCAUUUUCUGAUUCGGACUGGGAGAUAGAAAGGAAAAACAUCACCCUACCCCGUCACGAUGGAAAGAUUCUCCAUUGUCAAAAGCUGAAGCUGAUAGAAGUCAUCUAUGAUCAUGAUCACGAUCACCAACUAAUUGAACUAGUGUGGAGUCUUGGAAGGAGAUUACCAGAUGCCAAUAUCAAACUUAACAAAAUUGAUAGGUUUCAUCCGUAGCCCAUUUCUCUUUGCAGUGUUCCAUGAGGUCUUCAAGUCUGUGAAAUCUCUACCUCUAGCAUAUUGAGUGGAUGUGUAUUCUCUUUGCAGUGUUCCAUGAGGCCUUCAAGUCUGAAACCUCUACCUCUAGCAUAUUGAGUGGAUGUGUAUGUGAAGUUGGCGUGCAUAGGGCGUAUGGUCUUCAUUUCUGUGUUACUAUUGUGAUGAUGCAUAAGUUGAUACGCCAGGACCAAUUUACCGUUGCAGUCAUGGUUUGGGUCAAUUUUAUAUCAUUUGGGGAACAUAAGUCAUUUGACCUUAUAUAUGUAAGUGUUCGAAAUUUUAUUUUCUGCCGUUGGAUAUGAUUCCACAUGUGUGUUUCUUUUGUAGAAUUUGAACCCCAUAAAGUUGAUUUUUGUGGGUUUUUUGUUCA